CGGAGAAGAAAAGCAGCGGAAGGAAAUGUCCAGCUGAGUGUUGGAAAAGCCUCCAAACCGAUUGCUGGGGCCUGCCUGCAUUAUUUGUCGCUUUUCUUUUUCUAAUGAGUGAUAAAUGCUUCGACUAUGGCACUAAAGGCACAGGUUUUGUAUGACUUCACCGCGGAGCCGGGAAACAAUGAGCUGACGGUGAAAGAAGGCGAAACGGUCACUAUCACCAAUCAGCAAAUUGGUGGUGGCUGGAUUGAAGCGCAGAACUCCCGAGGGGAUGUGGGAUUGGUGCCUGAAGACUACAUUGAGCUCAACAAGUCGGCCCUCCCGCCGUUCUCAGCGGCGGCGGCGGCACCGCCGGCCGCCAACGUCGGCAGCGUCACAAAUUCCGAUCUGUCCUUCUUUGACGCUUUUGCCCCUGCGGCCGGGACACAAAACCAGGUGGCCACUAGGGGGUCGAGCACCCCACCCGACACCCCAGUUUCCCCCUACCCUGAUGAGGCUGAGCGCAAUGGCGGCGACCCCUGGUCCUCGUGGAGCACGGACCCUUCGGCGGGCGCCUCCAACAACUGGGCGUCCAAUCCGGAGGGCACCCAGACGGGCAAGGCGGCCGCCGGCGACUCCUGGGCCGGCGCCUCUCACGGCCACCCUCAGGCCUACCAGGGUCCAGACAUCUACCCUUAUCCUUACCUUAUUGAUUACACAGGAGCCGACGACGACGAGUGGGACGACGAGUGGGACGACAAGUCGGCCGCGGGUUUCAAUGAGGCCGAAUCGGGAGACGGGGGCGCCAUGCAGCGAGGCGGCGCUCACGCCUCCAUGAAACUCAAGUUUCCCGGCUUCUCAAAGUCUGGCCCCGAGUUGUACCUCCUGUGUAAGCAGAUAGCAAAGGGCAAGGACAAGCUCACCAUCUACAUGGGCGAGGUCGGUCCGGUGUGGCUUUACCCGGAAUCGCAGCUGGACUGCGUGGUGGCCGACCCCAAGAAGGGCUCCAAGAUGUACGGCCUCAAGAGUUACAUCGAGUACCAAAUCACGGCCAACACCACCAACCGACCCGUCAAUCACAGAUACAAGCACUUUGAUUGGCUGUAUGAGAGGCUCCUGGACAAAUUUGGCUCGGCCAUUCCCAUCCCGUCGUUACCGGACAAGCAGGUAACAGGGCGCUUUGAGGAGGAGUUCAUCAAGAUGCGAAUGGAGCGCUUGCAGGGCUGGAUGAGCCGCAUGUGCAGGCACCCGGUCGUUGCCAGCAGCGAAGUAUUUCAGCUCUUCCUCACCUAUAAGGACGAGAAGGACUGGAAAACGGGCAAGAGAAAAGCAGAAAAGGACGAGACGGUGGGAGUGAUGAUCUUCACUACCAUCGAGCCCGAGGCUCCCGACUUGGAUGCUAUCGAAGUGGAGAAUAAAUGCGACCAGUUCAGCCGCUUCACCAAAGCAAUGGACGACGGGGUGAAGGAAAUCCUCACAGUGGGCCACGAGCACUGGAAGCGAUGCACGGGCCCUCUGCCCAAAGAAUACCAACGAAUCGGGAAAGCCUUCCAGAACCUCUCCUCGGUGUUCACCAGCAGCGGAUACCAAGGUGAGGAAACGCUGACUGAUGCCAUGACAGCCGCAGGGAAGACCUACGAGGAGAUAGCGCAGUUGGUAGCAGAGCAGCCAAAAAAGGAUCUCCACUUCCUCAUGGAGACCAACAACGAGUACAAAGGUUUGCUUGGAUGCUUCCCGGACACAAUUGGCGUUCAUAAGGCCGCUAUUGACAAAGUGAAGGAAGGCGACAAGUUGGUGGCCACCAGUAAAAUUAGCCCUCAGGAAAAGGUCACCAUGGCCAAACGAGUCAGCACCAUGUCCUACACCUUACAAGCUGAGAUGAACCACUUCCAUAGCAACCGCAUCUACGACUACAACAGGGUCAUGCAGCUCUACCUGGAAGAGCAAGUCAAGUUUUACGAGACGAUCGCCGCAAAGCUGAGACAAGCUCACGGCCAGUUCACAACAAUGUGAAGGCGCCUCGCGAGGUCCGGCCGAAGAACUCUCCCCCCCCCCCCCCCCUCCCUUCUCAUUGAAAGCUAAAUGGCAAAGCGGAGAGGCCCAGCGCUGAGUGCGGCACACAAUUCUUCUUCCUCUUUUUUUGUUUUUAAGAUCAGCGAGCUGGUGACGGGAACGAAAGGCACUAAACCGCAGUUUACACAACUGAGGAAAUAAUCGUGUCACUGUAGCCUCUUUAAGAAAAAACCAAAUCCAAUUCAGAAAAGCUAGCUGUGCCUUUUCAUAUGAAUGUGUGCUAUUGUACAUUUCCCUGGAAGGAAAUGUGCGUGUGUGUUUGUCGGCGCCUUCUUUCUUCCUGCACUUUCUGCUCAGAAGACAGGAAGCUCCGCCCCUUCCCGUCCUCCUCGCCCCACGUGCCUUGCUCAGUUGAAAUGAAAAGAGAAAGCGCUUCAAUCCAAUUCCAUUUGUUGCAUUUGAUGGACGUUUACAUUUCAAGACCUAAUGCGCAUUUGAAGACUACGAAUGAAUUGCCACUGCCUUUAAUCUGAUUCUGGUGUUUUUUUAUAUAUGAAGGUGCAGGAGCUGUAGAGCACAUAUGCAAUUUGGUUUUGCUUUUUGCUCGCAAUCGUUUUGUUGUUCACCUUGUUUUGAGAUCCUGUGAGACACAUCUAUAGUAAAUGUAUGUAUUUAAUAAAAAGCACGCCGACCAGCAUCACGGCUCCAUAAUGUACAAUGUAGGUAAGGCCUGAUGGAAGGUUCUGUUUUGCUCAGUCCAAUGGCAGACUUUGAUGAAGGUGCAUCGGCUCUUAUUUCUAUGUACACGAGUAGCUAAACAAGUGGCUGGUGAGUGUACAAUUCCUCAAAUAAAUAUACAUUAUUCUAUCA